UUAUAAGCAUUUUGUGGUCUAAGAAUAUCAUUGAACAUCAAUUACUAUGCAGCAAAGUAGCAUAUGAAAAAAAAUGUAACCACAAAACUAAACACAGUCGGAAGUAAGGGGGAAACACGUGUGAAUAUAUAUGUAUAUGCAUGAGUUUUUUUAAUAUUAAAAAAGGAAUAUCUCUCUAUAAUAUAUAAAUAUUUCCUCUGUACGUGAUUGGACUGAUUCUGAACUAAUUUUAUUCAACUUUUUUUUUGUGUCUUCAGGUGGAUUCGAGUGUGGUUUGACCCAAUUUUCGUUUGGAAAUUUUAGUACUGUUUUGGUUUUUAAUUCAUAAAAAUUGUAUAAAGGAUCGUAAUGUAUCCUUUUAUAGCUUAUUUUGUUGCAAAUUGUUUAAAGUAUGUAAAAAAAUUUUAGUUCUAACCCAAAUACUACGGAAGAUAUUUAAGCAUGCAUGCGGUGGCGCUAACCUGAUGACGCGCAGUGUAUAUAUACUUUAUUUAAAAAAUGUUCAUCAAAACUGUUCAUGAAAACUAAUAGACUAAUACGGUUUCUUCAAAAAAGGUUGAAAUACACCUAUUAAAUGCGAGUGUACGGCACAAAGUCAAUUGGGUCCGCUUGUAUCUUAAAUGAAUUUUUAUCUUAAUGUUUAAAGCAAAGUUAACGGUGGCAAUAAGACACAUUUAAACGCAUUUAAAGCACCCCUAUUACUUUCUGAUAAGAUCUUAGCGAAAUUAUUUCUAAUAUGACAAAUGUGGACGUUACAAUUACCACAAUAAUCAUAUAUCUAUCAAUUAUACAUAAUCAUAUCAUAUCAUAUAUUGUUUUUCUGGAUUGUAUAAUGUACGAUUGCGUGAAAUGAACCUGUACUUUGCAAUGCCAUUUUUUUCGUGGGUUUUCUUAUAUUGCUUAUUAUCAUUUUACUACGUUCCUUAUUAGAAAAUUAUUAGAACUUAUUAGCAUAAGUACUUUAUUUGCAUGUGAACUAACGUACGUACAUCGGCAGUCACGGAAAUAGGUUUCUUAAAAUUUAAUUUACUUAACGGUUUAAACUUGUUUGUGACAUUAUUCUAUUACUUCCUUUUAGAGCACUUUCUUAGACGCUAGUGUAUAUACUAAUACACACUUUAAAUAAAUGUAAUAUUAAACAAAAACGCACAUUUUUUGUUUGCGGAUAAUUGUUAUCAUAACCGGGUGUAGCGUUUAGUAAUUAAAGUUAAAUUAUAUUGUUCGCGAACAAAAUGCAUAUGGAGUGCAUAUAAAGAUUAGUGUAGCCAACAGCUUUUGACUCAGUUCAUCUCGAAUACUAUAUUGUGCUAAAUGGUAGUGUGUUGAUCUUAUCAAUACGGAAAUGAGUGCCUUAUUUGGAACAGAUACGCUGAUUUUAACGGCAAUUAUUCUGCUACUGACGGCCAGUUGGCACUUGUAUCAAAAGCGAAAAUUGUAUCGGAAUGUAACCUCGAAGCUGCCAACCCUUUAUGGUAUUCCCUUUAUUGGGCUAGCUUAUCAAUUUUUCGAUUUGAAUAAAGUAUACCAGUAUGUCGGUCUAAACUUCGAUACCAUCAAGAAUUUAACGGGUUGCAUAUGGGUAGCAACCACGCCGUUCGUGUUUACCGUCGAGCCCGAGGUAAUCAAGCGUGUCACCUCGUCUCCUGAUUUCCUCAACAAAUCCAAAGAUUUGUAUGCACACUUUCAUAACGGUGUAUUAAAUGGACUCAUCGUUAGUCCAGCAAAAAAAUGGAAACCCGAUCGCAAAGCUAUAAGCCCGUUUCUUGCACAUAAUAAUAUCAUCGGAUUUUUUCCAUGCUUCAAUGACAAUGCAAAUAAUGUGAAGAAUAAACUAGAGUGCCUGGCCGAACAAGGUGAACAGGAUAUUUUUACAAUUAUCAAAGAAUGUGGUUUACAACUGAGUCUCUUCACUAUAAUGGGAAUUGAGAUGGAAGAAGGCAGUGAGAAAUAUAGUGAAAUAGUGCAUGCACUUAAUGCCUUUAUCGAUCACAUGACAAAGAACUCCGUAUACACUUCGGUGGGUCUUGGAUUUCUCUCCCGUACUCCACAAUAUAGAACACUACGUAAAUACAUACAAGAUCUAGUACAAUCUCUGAUUAAAGUAAAUAGAGAACGAAAAGAUGAAUCAGAGGACAUAAGCAAUUUCGUUGAGGACAAACAAAUGAUGAUUGAAUUAGCGCUGAAGGCGGUGCGUCAGGGCGUAUUUAGUGAAAAAGACGUGGAAAUCGAGUGUUUCACGAUGAUUGCUGCGUCCUUCGAGACCUCCGUUAGUGCGGCAUACACAUGUCUAUUGAUGUUGGCAAUGCAUCCCGAUAUACAGGAACGUGUUUUCCAAGAGAUUCGCUCCGUAUUUCCGGACGGAGUUACAGCCGUAGAAUAUGACGAUCUCAAGAAACUUCCCUAUUUGGAUAUGUUUAUAGCGGAAACAAUGCGAGUAGCUCCGCCAAUACCUUAUAUCGGACGGCAAGCGUCACAAGACACUGAACUAUGUCCAGGCGUAACAAUACCCAAAGAUAUGCAAAUUGUUAUACCAAUUUACGAAUUGCAUAGACGUAAGGAAAUUUGGGGUCCGAAUGCAAAUCGUUUCAAUCCGGAUAACUUUUUACCCGAGAAUAUUGCAAAGCGUCAUCCAUGUUCCUACAUACCCUUCUCGAAAGGCCCACGGAACUGUAUAGGCUUUCGUUAUGCUGAAAUCUCAUUACGUAUCAUAUUGUUGCAUGCGGUGCGCAGUUUGAAAUUUUCCACAACUUUUAAAUAUGAAGACAUCGUUCAUAUACCAAAGGUUACGUUGGGUUAUCAAAUGGAGCCGCCAGUAAGCAUAGAGGUCAGAGCAAACUAAAAUGGCUAGGAUAAGCCAUUCCAUAACUAUAUGUAUAUCAUAUAUAUAUAUAUAUACGUAUACGUAUCCUGAGGACUGCACUUAUUAAUUUAUUACUUGUGCAAUAUACUCCUUAUAUACAUAUAUUUAUAAACAUUUUUGUAAUAAAUAAAUUAAAGUUUGCAAACUA